AUGCGAGCUUCUACCAUAAGCUUUCUUUUGAGCGCCCUCAGUCGUGGCACUUUCGCCAAAGAUGACUGCAUCAAUAACGACAUUCCUUUCCAGGCAUGCGCUCCCAUCGGUGCAUACUAUCCACCACCGACUAUCGACAAAUCCUCUGAGUCUUUUAGGAAGCUUACCUCCCAGUUCACCAAAACAUUUGACGGCCUCAUCAAGAACGGCGGUAGUGAUAAAUACGGGCCAAUCACACCCAACACUACAUCGUUCUCCGUGGUCAUCUUCGGUGGUGCUGAGUCGCUUCGAGAUGAUCCCGUUUUCUUCGAGUAUCACUACACGUCCCCUGAAGAUCAAGUCUCGAACGCAAACCUCACUUCGGACACCAAAUUUCCAGUUGGUGAUGUGAGCAUGGUAUUCACUGUUUAUGCUUGGCUUGUCAAGAUGGGCGAACAGUGGGAGACGCCUAUCACUAACUAUCUGCCUGAACUGGCUAAAGUCAAAGAUUCGCUUACGGUGAAAUGGGGAGACAUUACUAUUGGUGCCUUAGCAGGCCAAAUGUCAGGCCUCAGUCACGAGUCCAGAGCAUGUGUUAUUGGCAAGGCUUGCGACUACAAGGCCUUCCAAAAGGCUUUUGCGAAGAAGUCGCCAUACUUCCUCCCGGAUACAAGUCCAGUUGUCUCCUACGCCGCUUUCCAGCUGUUAGUCUUUGCCAUGCAACGAAGUGAUGGAGAUUGGCCCUCGAUUCUCGACAAGACCAUUCUGCAGCCUCUUAGCAUGAGCGACAGUGGAGUUCUGAGCCAUGGUGUCGAAGAUAUCUUUGCCAUGAAGAGUCUUAACACUUCAGAAAUUGGUGAACCAGGCGCCUUAUCAUUCGUUAGCUCCGCCAAAGAUCUCGCACGCGCUGGACACUCUAUCCUCGCCUCAGACCUCCUCUCGCCUGCUGUUACCCGUCGCUGGCUUCAUACUAAUGUCGAUACUUCCAAUCUUCGCAACGGUGUAGGUCGACCUUGGGAAGUUUACCGUGCCGGAAACGCUAUCUCGCCCAUCCUGGAUGCCUUGACGAAGAGCGGAACUAUUGGCAAAUAUGCGAGCUACUUUGGACUCACCACGGACUUCAAUGCCGGCUUCGCCAUUCUGGCUCACGAUAGCAGUGUUGAGGACAGAAAGCUGGACCUCAAUGUGUACGCCGACAUCGUUAGCGAAGUUCUCGGAUACCUGCAAGUCAUUUCUGCCAAAGAACUAGAAGCGCGCUAUGCUGGAUCAUAUAAAGGCAAGGCUACUGAGGCUGCUCUUAACACCACUGACAAUGGCCGGGGUCUUGAGGUUCAGAAGCUUGUGAUCGGCGGGGUGAACAUCAAGAAUCAGACCGCCCAGAAGCUCGGCGUUAAGGCUGAUGACCUCGACUUCCGAAUCUACCCAACGAACGUUCAAGAUGAAAGCCGACACCAGUUCAUUGCCGUAUUCCAGGACAAGAGUGCUCCAAUUGACAUGGGCACUCCGACAUGUAUUACUUGGCAGGAAAUUGGUGCUGACGCCGAGAUCAGCUUUGUUUUCACGAUUGGGCGGCAGGGCGAGGUCGUUGGCGUAGAGGUUCCCCAGCUUCGCGCGAAAAUGAAGAGAGCCACAUGA